CAGCUGUUGAUUUAAUGGGAUCCUCCUCAGAAGUUCAUUUUUCUGGAUUUCACAUGGAUGGUUUUGAGCAUAGUACAGAACAACCAACAACAUCCGCAACUGACGUGUACAACCAACCUUUCGUCAUAGUUUGUACAAGGUUUUGUUCUUAUAUGCGGGAGAAAAUGUCAUCGGCCGGGUUCUCUGUCUCUUUGAAUGUAGUUCACAUGAGCCAUUAAGUUGUCUUACAUAGUAAAAUAACAGAAUUCUAUUUUAGUUGAAAUAACAGAAUUUCUUGACAUGUAAAAUACGUUUCUUCGAAAGAAGAGUGACAUAAACAGGAAAGAAUUCAUGAUUGCUGUGAAAAAAAAUCACACCAGUCUUACUUGUGUUAUUAAAAUGCAGGUGUUGCUGGGGGUGCAGCAUCAGGCAAAAAAACAGUUUGUGAUAUGAUUGUUCAGCAGCUUCAUGACCAGCGAGUUGUGCUUGUUAAUCAGGCUUCUUUUUACAACAACUUGACUGAUGAAGAGCUAGCGAGGGUACAAGAUUACAACUUUGACCAUCCUGAUGCUUUUGAUACCGAGGAAUUGCUUCGUGUUAUGGACCACUUGAAGCAUGGUGAAGCUGUAGAUAUUCCAAAGUAUGAUUUUAAGAGUUACAAAAGUGAUGCAUUAAGAAGGGUGAACCCUUCAGAUGUUAUAAUUUUGGAAGGCAUCCUUGUUUUCCAUGAUCCACGUGUUCGGGAGUUGAUGAAUAUGAAGAUAUUUGUUGACACAGAUGCUGAUGUUCGUUUGGCAAGAAGGAUUAGGCGUGAUACCAGCGAGAAGGAUCGGGAUAUUGGUACAGUUCUUGAUCAGUAUUCAAAAUUUGUGAAGCCAGCUUUUGAUGACUUUAUUCUUCCAACAAAGAAGUAUGCCGAUAUAAUUAUACCUCGUGGAGGAGAUAAUCAUGUGGCAGUGGAUUUGAUUGUUCAACAUAUCCGCACAAAGCUUGGUCAGCAUGACCUAUGUAAAAUAUAUCCAAAUUUAUAUGUCAUUCAGUCAACUUUUCAGAUACGGGGUAUGCAUACCCUGAUACGUGAUGCUCAGAUAACGAAGCAUGAUUUUGUAUUUUAUUCUGAUCGUUUGAUUCGUUUGGUUGUUGAACAUGGUUUGGGACAUCUUCCAUUUACAGAAAAACAAGUUAUCACUCCCACUGGUUCUGUAUACACUGGUGUGGAUUUUUGUAAGAGGUUGUGUGGUGUCUCUGUCAUCAGAAGUGGGGAGAGUAUGGAGAAUGCCUUAAGAGCAUGCUGUAAAGGUAUUAAGAUUGGGAAAAUUCUGAUCCACAGAGAAGGUGACAACGGCCAACAGCUAAUAUAUGAAAAGCUGCCAAAUGAUAUCUCAGAAAGGCAUGUGUUACUGUUGGACCCUAUCCUUGGCACAGGUAAUUCGGCUGUUCAAGCGAUUUCUUUACUUAUAAAGAAAGGUGUACCAGAGUCCAACAUUAUAUUUCUUAAUCUCAUAUCUGCUCCUAAAGGUGUUCAUGUGGUAUGCAAAAGUUUUCCAAGAAUUAAAAUAGUAACAUCUGAGAUAGAGAUUGGUUUGAAUGAAGAUUUCCGUGUCAUACCGGGCAUGGGCGAGUUUGGAGAUCGAUACUUUGGAACCGAUGAUGAUGAGCAAGUGGUGGUUCCUUCACAGUAAAAAUGAAACCAAAUUCCACAAAAUGUUUUGGUUGAUCAUCAUUGCAAUUUGCUCAAUUAAUAUUAUGCUAGGGGUCUGAAUUUUAUUUCUAUAUCGAUUUUGACUCUACUAGGAAUUGGAUCACCAUUCAUUAUCCUCUUGUUCUGUUCCACUAUAUGAUUUAUUGUGGGAAUGCUCCUAUGAUAAUAUCAUGUUAUCUUUUACUGUAUUCUAGAACAAAAAUAAUUGGUACGUGACUGAGACUAAAUCAAUCUUUGUAAAGAUUUUAAUGUCGUGACCUUAUGUAAAGACUAAUAUGAUAAUAUUUUAGAGCUUUUAAAGGGUAAUUUCGUGA